AUGUUGAACAUAGCGUUUGAACUGAUCGGAGAAGCCACGUCGAAUUCGCUUCUCAUGUUCUGUUUCUGCAACCUCAUUAUAGUCAUGAUCCUCACUGGAUCAUCAAAACCCGGUUCCACGGACGAUUCAACAUUUACUACCCCUGUGAGCUUCAAUGAGUGUAACAUCGCUUCUGGUGAUGAUAAUGAUGAUGAAGAGAUGGUCGUUGAUGUUUCAUCUACACAAAAUGAGUCGGUAAUUGAUGUAUCGAGCAGUUCUGAUGAAGACGAGGACAAAGAAAGCAGCCAUUGUUUUGAUGAGGACAAAGAUGAUGAUGAGAGCAAUGAGGCUGAAGUUGAAGAGGAAGAAGGAGACGAUGAUUUGAGAAAGAGGGUAGAAGAUUUUAUAGCAAAAAUUAACAAUGAAUGGAGGCACGAGAAGCUUAGGGCCUUGAAUUUAGUUUAUUGA